AUGGCACCCGCUAUUACCAUUGACAACACAUCCGACUUCUCCUUUGCCCCGCCGCCGACAAAGUCGCAAGACCGAACCCUUCUGCUUGCCCCACCUUCUAUCGCCUCACACCCGGAUGCCCUCAACAGCAUUGUCGAGGCUCACGAUCGUAAUGCCACCGAUAUCCAAAUGCUCGACCGUCUCGCCCUUGGUCUCGUUUCGCUUCCCGCUUCCACAUACGACCUUGUCCUCCUACUCACCAAUGUCGACGGCUCGCGUGAGCCUCUCAACCGUGCAAUCAUCGAGAAACUCGUGCCCUCUCUCAAGGAUGGCGGAAAGCUGAAGAGCCAGGAUGGUCAGUUUGGUACACCGGGUUCGUCGGAGCAGACAGAGGCUAUCCUUGCUGGCCUCGUUCAGGAUGCGAGUGGUGCCAUGUCCAAGCCCGCAGCGGCUGCCGCGCAAACAGUCACUCUGAGUUUUGGAAAGAAGAAGAAGGCCAAUGCUGCAGCUGUGCCCUUGAACAAUAUCGAAGCCAUCAACAAGACUAUCAUCGACACACCUCAGCCUGCAGCUCCUUCAGCGCCAGCGGGCGUCGGCUUCGACAUGGGCGACGACUUGGACGUCGAGUUUUACGACGAGGAUCAAGACAUGGAACUGCCGUCAAAGGAGGAAUUGCUCAAGGGCUCCACCAUCGACCCCAACACUCUACUCAGCGAAGAAGACCGCAAGCGCCCCAUCAACAUCCCUGAAGCCUGCAAGCCCAACGGCAAGAGAAGACGCGCAUGCAAGGAUUGCACAUGUGGACUCAAGCAAAAGAUCGAUGCCGAGGACAAGGCCAAGCGCGAAGCUGCCGACAGUGCGCUCAAGACGAUGAAACUGGAUACUGAUGAUUUGGCUGAGGUCGACUUCACCGUGCAGGGCAAGGUUGGCAGUUGUGGAAACUGCGCUUUGGGAGAUGCGUUUAGGUGUGAUGGAUGCCCGUACAUCGGAUUGCCUGCGUUCAAGCCUGGAGAGGAGGUGCGUUUGCUCAACAACGAUAUCCAGCUGUAG